GUAAUGAUCAGUGGGUGCAUGAUAGAAAAGAGUUACAAAGUUUCAAGUCACACCUUAAAUUGGUGUUGUUUUCUUAAUUUAUAAUAUGAAUAGUACUAUAGAUAUCUAUCAUAGAGUUGAUCGUAUUAAUGCCUGAUUGCAAUAAUUUAAAAAUGGAAAACAUUGAAGAAAGUAUGCCUGGUUGUGCUCUUAAAUGUCUUCGAAACGUUGAAGAUACUUCCCAAAGUGUACAUAAAGUUAAAUAUGGAGUGAAUACUAUUGGAAGAGGAUUAAAUAAUGAUAUCAUACUCAAAAAUUUAAAUGUAUCAAGAACUCAUUGCCACUUACGAGUUGAAAAAAAAGAAUCCAAAGAUAUUGCAUACAUCAAGGAUUUAGGAACAUCAAAUGGUACUAUUGUUGGCAAUAUAAAUUUGAUUCAAUUUGAAGAACAUCAGUUGAAUGAUUUAGAUAUGAUUGUGUUAGCUAGUGGUGACGAAGGAGUCGUUCUACAAUAUAUUGAUAAAGUAGAUCGUACUAUUAAUUUUUCAAAUCUAUGUAAUAAUAAUAAAAGGAAAGUACUCUGCGAAGAAAAUUUGGAUGAUGAUUCGACUGCUGUAAAAAUUCCAAAAUUAGUUAUAAAUGAAACUGAAUCAAAUUUAUUAAAGAAACCACUUUCAAAUGCAAAUACUAAUCCAUCAAAUUUGUUAAACAAUUUGCCUAAUGUUGCUAAUAAUUUACAACAAGCAGAACUUAAAAAUCAGUUAGAAUUAGUCAAUGCUUUUUUCAAGACUUAUCAAGAUUUUGAUGAUCAAAAACUACCAGUUGAAGAUCCCAAAAUAAUUCCAAAUAGCACAGAACCAUCCUGUUCUAAAUAUAGCGAUAAUAUAUCUAGUUCUGUGAAAAUAAAAAUAGAACCCGAUACAAUAAUUAAUAAUGUAUUUAGUCAAGGAACAUAUCGCGAUGAAGAAGAUAGUGUAGUUUAUUGUAUAUCAGAUGAAGAAAAUGAUAUAAAUGACAAUGGCUUGGAAUCGUCCAACAAUAAAAUUGAAAAACAAGAACAAAUGAACACAUCAUCCACUAAACAUUCAUGCCCAUCUACUUCAAAAAUAGAAAAUAAUUUAAACUUUCCAGAAUUGUCUUUUCAAUGUCAAAGAAAUGGAAACACCAGAGAUGACAUAGAUGAUGUGAUUUACAUACCACCCAACAUGUAUUCAGAUAAUAUAAAUACUUUGAUAAGCUCAAGUGAUAGUGAAAGUGAUUAUAUUAGUAAAUGCCCAAAAAUUAUUGAACCUUUUCCGAUGAAGGUUAAUAAAAGGGGCCAAACAAAGUUACUAGUUGAAAAUAAAUAUAUAAUAAAAACUCGAGCUAAAUCAGAAAAAAUUAUCCAUUGUAAAAAAAAAGCAGAAGAAGAAAUUGUUGAUCAAAAUAAACAAAUUAUUCAAGAAAGACAAAUGAGACUUAAAAAGUUGGCUACAAAUAACUCAAUAAAUGAAAUUGUAUCAACUAAUGACAAUUUUAUUGAUAAGCCUUCAACAAUUGGUAAAUUAAAAAAAAAAAGUCGAAUAUCUAGGUUGGAACAAAUUAAUAACGAUAAUUGUAUUCCAAGUACAUCAAAGUCUCAUUUACCUAUAUUAGAGGUUGAUAAAAAAGUUGGAUUUAACUGUAAAGAAAUAAUAACCAUAAAUAAUCAAAUAGAACAAUUUUCAUUCUCUAAUUAUAAAAAUAUAGAUUCUUCAACUACAAAAAUGAUCAAGCCAAUUAAUUUUGCAUUUUUUGAUACGCUUAGUAGAAUAUGUAAGUGGAAUGCAGUGUGGUUGUAUGAGGAAAAAUUUGCUGAUGCGUCUCCACCAUUAGUAAAAAAUAUAUACAAAAUGAAAGAACAAUUUGAUACUCCGUCUGAAUAUUCUUCUACAAUGAACUCAGUGUUGUUCUAUGAAAUUUGGUCGAAAAUAAGUGAAUCCUAUCAUAUGGUACUUAGUAGAAACCCUAAUUUGGAGCAAUCAAUUUUUGAAAAAUCUUCAAAGAAAAAUUUACCUCUCCCUACAUUUGAUAUUCAAUCUGUCAAUAAAGAAUUUUCCACAUCGGUGCCAGCAUUAAAAUCUAUUAAUCAGCCACUAUGGUGCUUAAAAUGUAUAGGAACAACUAAGAACAUCGAAACUUUAACGGGAUCAAGAAACUCACUCAAGGGAUGUUUAUGUAUUGUUAUAGUACAGUCAAACUGCUUUGGAACAGAUAUUGUUGGAAAUAAAAAACCUACUAAAUCAAGAAACAUUUUUUUUGGUUAUGUUAAUAUGACAAAAAAGAUUGGGUACCACUCAAAUUCACAAUUUUACAUGGAACUUAUUGUUACAAAAAAGACUGAAAAUAUUCCUAAUGGAACACAUAUUCACUUGAUGGAUAUUUUUUAUUUACUCUCGGAACUACGUUUAUUUCAAGCUAUAAAUAAUGUGACAACAUCUUCGCUAUGCAAGGCACUCAUCACUCCACAAUUUCAUAACUACUCUAUUGAUUCUUCAAAAGCAAAUUUAAAAAAUUAUAACAUAAAUAGUUUAUUAUUAAACAAUAGUCAAAAAGAAGCAGUAAAAAUGGCUGUGACAAUUUGUAAUGCUGUAGAACCAAAUGUUGGUUUGAUAAUUGGACCUCCAGGUACAGGCAAAACAAAUGUGAUUUGUAAUAUUAUUUUAAGUUUAAUGUCUAAACAAUUGGCCAAGACUAAAACUAAACCUAAACUUCUUAUUUGUGCACCUUCUAAUGAAGCUGCUGAUGCAAUAGUAAGACGAAUAAUAGAAAUUAAAAAAGACUUAAAACAUGAAUCACAAUUUAAUGUGGUAAGAGUGGGUAGUGGCCAAAAAUAUGAUCCAAAUUCUCCUAUUGUUGAUGUUAUGCUGGAUACUGUAAUCAAACAAAAAAUGGGAAAUCCUUUAAAUGAAGCUAAUCAACAAUGUCAAUCAAAUAAUUUGUUCAUAUAUACCAAUAAGAAAGAUCUUGAAAAUGAAAUACUUAUCAAUACUGAAGUUAUUGUGACAACAUUAAACUCCUGUUUUUCGAAAACAAUGGAAGAGACCUUCAAGCCUACAAAUAUUAAGUCAUUGAAUAAUGUCAUUUUACUGCUUGUGGCCAAAGAUAAUGGUCUUGGUAUUUCUCUUUUCAAACGACUUAAGACUUGGUUUGAACAAAAGCGCUCUACACGGAAAAGUUUUCCAGUAACUAUGUUGAAUACACAAUAUAGAAUGCAUAAGGAAAUUUGUUUAUUUCCAUCAAAAUACUUUUAUAAAGGAGAAAUUAAAACUGCACCAUCUGUCAAAAUGAGGAAGCAACUGUCAUUUCAUCCAUACAUGAUCCUAGAACAUGAAAGCCUACAAGAUAAUACAGGUGAGGUAAAUAUUGGAGAAGCAAAUAUGAUCGUAACUUUGGUAGAUAUUUUACUCAAUUCGGAAUGUCGAUCAUUAACCGUUGCAGUCUUAACACCUUACCAUAAACAGAGAGAACAAAUAAAUAUAUUAUUAAAGAAAAAGAAGAUCUCAUUAAACGUCAAUACAAUAGAUUCAUUUCAAGGUGGUGAAUGUGACGUGUUAUUAAUAUCAACUGUUCGAACUAAUGGAGUUGGAUUUAUGGAUGAUAUAUGUCGGUUGAAUGUUGCUUUAACACGUGCUAAGCAAUCAUUAAUAAUAUGUGGAAACUUUAUGUCUUUGAGAGGAGAACGAGUAUGGUCCGAUUUAAUAGAAGAUGCAAAGGAACGUAAAUUAAUUAAGAAAGUAUCAAAAAAAGUGAUUACUAAUUCUAGGGUUUUGCUUGCUAUGAUAAAAUUGUAA